UCUUUAUUUAACAGGAUUCGGACCUUUUGGGAGCAUCUCAAAGAACCCAACCAUGGACCUAGUCGAAGAUUUUGAUAUUGAAAAGGUGCAGACUGAAGGCUCAAAUGUAGUUCUGAAGUCAAAAGAGAUUGUAUCUGUUGAUCCAGACUCUGCUGAUCAAGCUGUCAAUAACAUUCAUGAAGCCUGAGAGCCCCAUUUUGAGGAUGGAUCCCAUAACUUACUCAUACAUCUUGGAGUUAAUGCUGGAAUUUGAGAGAUAAAUUUAGAGAAACAAGCCAAGAACGUGAAGAAUUUUUGAAUCCCAGAUUCCCAAGGGAAUAUCUACAGAGAUCAAAAGAUAGAUGAGGAUUGCGACUUGAGAGACCUCCUUCAUUGUAAAAUAGAUAUUGAUUCUAUCUGUACCAAUUUGAAAGAAUCUGAUCAUUCUUGCUCACACUCCAAAGAUGCUGGAGAGUAUCUUUGUAACUAUAUUUACUACUGCAGUCUGAAGAAGUUCAACGAGUGUGAGAAUGUGAACUCGAUAUUUAUCCAUGUGCCCCAAUUCAGCUCUCUCGAGAAAUCCAAGCAGUUAGACUGCAUCUAUGAUUUCAUCAAGAACUGGAUCAACCAGAGAUAAUUCAAUGUAG